CUCUGCACAAACACCAUUCUACACAGCGAGGGUCAAAGUGGAGUAACAGUUGGCUGAAGGCAUUUUGAGUGGAGAGGAACUUGAAUGACUUGAUAUCUCAAGACAGAGUGAACCUGACCUGUUAGGUAGGCCUAUACAUUAAAGGCAGGCAGACCUCAGCAAACGAGGUCAUGUGAGCACCUUUAAGUGGGCUAGACUAACAUCCUGUGGAAAGGCAAGGUGCUGCCAGCUGCUGAGCUCAGAUAACUUGUGUAGACACGCGCCUUUGGUGCCAUUUCACCUGAUGACACGCUACAGAACAGGCUACAAUUUCAACACCUAACCCACGAGGGCUUAUACUGUAAUCCUAGCAGAGCACAGGGGCCUCAACACAUCACUGAAGAUGGAUGGAGUUGUUGGAUGAUGCUCCUGUGCCCUCUGCGCGUCUGUUCCUGUGAGCAGGAGCACCCUCCGUCCCCCCCACCGCUCCGCGCGCACUCCGGAGUUGAGGAUGAAGCCGCAGAACAUCAGGACCGUCUCUCUCAUCCUCUCCAUUGUUUUCUACCUGCUCAUAGGAGCCGCCGUCUUUGACGCGCUGGAGUCAGACAGCGAGAGUUCAAGGAAGAAGGCACUGGAGCAGAAGCUAAACGAGCUGAAGAACAAGUACGGCUUCAACGAGGAUGACUACAGAGAGAUUGAGAGAGUGGUCGUGCAGUCGGAGCCGCACCGCGCAGGGAGGCAGUGGAAGUUCGCCGGAUCAUUUUAUUUUGCCCUCACUGUCAUCACCACGAUCGGUUAUGGCCACGCUGCCCCACGCACUGAUGCUGGCAAGGUCUUCUGCAUGUUUUACGCUCUCCUGGGCAUUCCUCUGACGCUGGUCAUGUUCCAGAGCCUGGGUGAGAGGAUCAACACUUUUGUCCGCUACCUCCUGUGCAGAACCAAGCAGUGCCUGGGCUUACAGGAGACAGAGGUGUCCAUGGGGAACAUGGUCCUGGUGGGUUUGUUGUCGUGCAUGAGCACCCUGUGUAUCGGAGCUGCAGCCUUCUCCCAUUAUGAGAACUGGACCUUCUUUGAUGCCUUCUACUACUGCUUCGUAACGCUCACCACCAUUGGAUUUGGGGAUUUUGUGGCCCUGCAGAACACGGAUGCUCUCCAGAACCGACCCCCCUACGUGGCAUUUAGCUUCAUCUACAUUUUAGUUGGGCUGACAGUCGUUGGGGCUUUUCUUAACCUGGUGGUGCUGAGGUUUCUCAUCGUCAGCACAGAGGAGCCUGACACAAGGACUGAAGCAGGGGUAGAGGAUCAGGGAACACAGCCUAAGGAUACGCAGGGGGAUUUGGAGGUGUCGGUGGCAGAGGCAGAAACUGCUGAUGUCAGCUAUAAAGACCGCGAGGAUGGACACAGCAGCCUGUGCAACCUGAGUCUUCCCAUGGAGGGGGGCACCAGCUGUAUGAAUCUCCUCCCCUCUCCUACAGAGGAGAGCAGACUUAUUUCAUCUGAGCACUCAAAGCUCUCUGAACCAAGCAGACUCAGGGCCUUGUUCACCUGCAUGUGCUGUGGCCCGGACGUUUAUGACAGCCCCUCUCCGCCUCAUCAUGAGGAGGCGGGCGGCCACAGCAACCCUGUCUUUUACAACUCCAUCUCCUACAGGGUGGACCGGGCCUCGUGCAGCUCCUGCACCGCAUCCCUAGAGGCCUCCCCCUGCAGAGCAGCUCUCUGUAAGAACAAUCCUCACACCAGGAGGAAGUCAUUAUAACUCUGUGAAACUUUGACUUAGUGGCCUUUGUUUUGGACUAUUUCUACACACCACAUAACCCUGAUUUUUUUGCUUGGUGGAACAAAUUGCCCAGUGCUCUCCUAGUUACAAAUGUAGCAUUACUUGUUGCCAGAUAAAACAGAGCACAUGAUGAAAAUCUCUGACAGUUUAUGUAUUUUUCUACAUUAAAAAACUACCACUAAAAAGAAUUACAGAA